ACACGGAGACUUCUUGUUAACGCAUAAAGCUUGCUUUCGGUUUAACACAUGAGUUGCUGUGUCCAGGUGUGGGAUCGAGGACUUAACGGGACUUUGUGUGGGUCUGAGUUGUUUUUAAAGGAGGAUGAAGACGCUGGUGGUGUUCCUGCUCCUCGUGAACGUUUCCCAGCAUGCCCUGGCUGUGGUGGUGGAGGUGAAUGAGGGGGAAAGAUCUGUCCUGCUUCCCUGUCAGUACUCAGAUUUUAUACCUGAGGAUGACCCCACAGUGAUGUGGACUCGCUCUGAUCUUGAUCCCAAAUCUGUCCACCUACGACGAGAAGGAGGAAAUGAUCUUACGGGACAAAACCAGCGUUACAGCGGACGCACAUCGAUGAGGUCUGAUGCUCUGGACACUUCAGACUUCAGUCUCACUCUGAGAAAACCAACAAAGACUGACAGUGGCAACUACACCUGUUCCAUCAGUGAUGGGAGAGAAGAACGGAGACUGAGAGAUGUACAGCUGCAGGUCAAAGACCAGAAGGUGGAGGUGAAAGUCAUUGAAGGGUCAGAGUUUGUCAUCCUGCCCUGCAAAACAACACCUGACCUGCCUGAGGACACCACAGUGGAGUGGGCUCACUCUGAUCCUGAACUGAUGGUGGUCCAUGUGUAUCCAAACAGAAGAGACCACCUUGAUGACCAGGAGAGUUUUUACAGAAACCGAACGAUGAUGAACAAAGACCUGCUGAAAACUGGAGACCUCAGUCUGACCCUGAAAUACCCCACACAGAGAGACAGUGGAGGAUACAUCUGCACCAUCUACAGGGACGAAGAUAUCCUGAGACAGAAAGUGGUGCUGCACCAUGUCAAAGAACCAUUUCCAUCCUGGGCCAAAGCUCUUCUGGUUCUCCUGGUGGUUCUUGUGGUUUCUGGAGGUCUUUUAUUUCAUUUCCGGCACUAUUUCAUGUCAGGUGAGUGUCUCCUACUACACUACCCAUAAUGCCGAUGGUUAGCAGGUGUCCUCUGGUGGCUCCUUGACUGUGGCUCACACAAACUUGUUCCAGAAGCCAAAAGAGUUGAGAGUUACUGUUACGA